GGUUUCGUCGUUUCUGGACGUGGUUCCUCGUCGGAGUCCAAGAUGCCUCAUGGAAGCCGGAGCCGCACCUCCCGCGUGGCCCCACCGGCCAGCCAUGCCCCUCAGAUGAGAGCUGCACCCAGGCCAGCUCCUGCAGCCCAGCCUCCAAUGGCAGCCCCAGCAUCUGCUGUGGCCUCUCCUGCAGCUACUCCCCGGCAGCCUGGGCUGAUGGCCCAGAUGGCGUCCUCAGCCGCUGGUGUAGCUGUGGGCUCUGCCGUUGGGCACACACUGGGCCAUGCCAUCACUGGAGGCUUCGGUGGAGCUGGUAAUGCUGAGCCUGCCAGGCCGGACAUCACUUAUCAGGAGCCCCAGGGAACUCAGAUGGCGCAGCAGCAGCAGCUAAGUGGCCCAUGCUCCUAUGAAAUAAAGCAGUUUUUGGAGUGUGCCCAGAACGAGGGUGAUUUUAAGCUCUGUGAGGGCUUCAAUGAGGUGCUGAAGCAGUGCAGAAUUGCAAAUGGACUAGUUUAACCGUGAAGUUCAAGUUGAAGAAAUGGAAAAUCAUCUCUGAUGACCAAGUUAAAAUUUAACAUGGAAAUGUAAUUGGUAGUGACACCAUAGAGUGUAAAACUAUAAGUUAACUUCUUGUUGUUAAUUGCAUAGUUGCCUCAAGAGUGGCCAUGGCAGAGGGUAUUGUAACUCUUAAUACAGGUUCACUGAGAAGGUAUAGAGUUGGGGCUCACAGGUGUUUGUGUGGCCUUCAUUGUUCUGAUGUUAUUUUGAGUUAAUUAUAAUAAACUGAUUUCUUC